AUGGUCAUCCAGAACCCGGGAGAGUUAUGAAAACUAUCUACACAGAGAUGCGCAAAAGAUAUUCUGAGAGAAAGAACAUCAGACAUACUCACUUCAAAAAAUAUUACUCUAAUUCGGAAGAUUUGCAGAGUGUUUUAGUUGCCCCACCUGACCAUUGCUCCAAGGAGAGUUGGAAAGAUAUUGUUCAGUUGUUUUUGAGCCCAAAAUUUAUCGCGCGAUCCAACCAAAACAAGAAAAACAGAAAAGAAAUGAAGUAUACAUCGACGCAAGGCACAAAAUCGAUGGCAGCUAAGCGUCACCAAUUUGUAAGUAAAAAUAUUAAUUUAAUUUAACAAAAUUUUACAUUCUAACUUCCUAUCUCUAAAUUUGUAUAGGCGAACCCUGAUGAACAUGUUAUUGAUACUUGGAAAGAUAGCCAUUUGAGAAAAUCGACAAAAGUUUUUGUCAACGACACAGCUCGAGAAACUUUUGAAAAAAUGACGGAAGAGCUUGAGAGGGCACGACUUCAAAGUCAGUCUCAAGGACCGACGGAGGGAUCUGAAACUGGAUCUGCUGCUGAAUCCUCGUCGAUCGAUCAGUACGAGAUUAUGAGUAAAGUACUUGGGGAGAGGUCUGACUUUCAAAGAGGAGUAGGUUACAGCAAAGGCAAAGGGAAAAAAUCAGCUUCCAGCUCCACAAGUCAGUCACAGGCCCAACCUGCUCAUACACCUCAGGAAGACAUGGCUACUAUGGCGGAAAUGAUGAAGUCAAUGCGUGAAGAGAUCCGGAUGUUGAAAUCUCAACAAGGUCCAUCUGGUAAUCCUCAGCAUACCAGUACAGAAACUGAGUCGCGGUUUGAAAGCCUUCUCCAACGAUAUUUACCAUCACAACCUGAAGGUGGUAUAUCUUCUCAAAGUCCACCUCCUUGGUCGAUGCCACAACAACAACAACAACAUGUGUAUCCACCUCAACAGAAUUAUCCAAACACGUACGGACAUUCCUCCCAGUCCCCUCCUUUAUAUUACCCCGACGUCGCUACCGGAUCUCAGACGUCACAUCCUAGGCGUCGUGACUUCGGGGAUUCAUCGCAGCAGCAGCAUCCACAGCAGAUGUAUGGUCAAUUUGUGAGUCCGUCGCAGCAGCAGAGGUAUGGUCAGUUUGAGAGUUUUUUGCAUCAGUCUCCCUCGCCGCGACCACAUGCUCGACAAUUUAGACCAUCUUCGCAGCAUCACUCUACACAAGCACCACAGUUUGCUUCACCACCAUUGCUGCGCCCUAAUACUAGUGAUCAAGAUAUUGAUCUUAAUGAGUAUUUUACACCAAGUUGGCCAGAUCAAGACAAUAAUAAUUAG